CACAAAUGAUGACGUACAGCACAUCCCGUAUAAUGAGCUGGAAGCUGUACAAAAUGUGAUAUUUGUCUUUGUAUUUUACCACGUAUUUUAGCCCAGAACAUAGUCUUGAAAAUGAUGCAGUUUAUGCUUCUGUUCAGCCGACAAGGCAAACUUCGGCUACAGAAGUGGUAUGUUGCCAACACAGACAAGACCAAGAAGAAGAUCACACGAGAACUAGUCACGAUGGUCUUAGCCAGGAAACCAAAGAUGUGCAGCUUUCUUGAAUGGAAAGAUCUUAAAAUUGUUUAUAAAAGAUAUGCCAGUUUGUACUUCUGCUGCGCUAUAGAACCUGAAGACAAUGAGCUGCUUACAUUGGAAAUCAUCCACAGAUAUGUCGAACUACUGGAUAAAUACUUCGGAAGUGUGUGCGAGCUAGACAUAAUCUUCAACUUCGAGAAGGCUUACUUUAUGUUGGACGAGUUCCUACUGGGCGGGGAAGUACAAGAAACGAGCAAGAAGAAUGUGCUAAAGGCUAUAGCUGCACAAGAUCUAUUACAAGAGGAUGAAGCGAUAGAAACUGCGCUUAAAGAAUAUGGAUUAACAUAAUCCACUUGACAGGAAACAGAAGAACCGAAGAGUAUUCUCGAGGAGAUGGGAUUUACUGUUCCAAGUUAGUGUGCAUCCUUUGUAUUGCUGUCGUCAUGGUGAUACCUCCUUGUUGCGACGGUGAUCACACCUGCCUAAUGUGCCUACUUUCAUGAGAUAUCUCCAAGGCUUCAUGUUAAAAUAUUGUCAGUUUCACUUUUUAUCAACAAAUCAGUGUAAAUAAAGUGAUCAUUUUAGUGAUACAAUGCUACAAGAAUAGAAUCAAAAUGAUUAGAUAGACAUAUUAGUGGGUCUUUUUCUUUUCAAAUGAACCAUUGAGUAGUUUGAUGGUAUGAUUGCUCUUACAUCGUCUCAGCGAUGCGGACAUAUUAUAAAAAUGUAGUUGGUGAAAGAAAUUUUUUAAGGGUGAAAGUGAAGAGUGAUUAGCUGUUGAUUAGUAACUUGAUCGUAGUUUAUGAGUAAGUCAUCCUAAUUCUCUUCAUCCAUGUUGCCAUGGUUACAUUUGGUUGUUUUUUUGUUAAUACAUGUGCUUAUGCAUUUAUAGAGUUGAAGAUCUUCGAAAAGAAGGUGUUAAUGUCAUUGUAAUCUUUGCCUUCUGUAAUCUCAGCUUCUCAUGAUCCUUGUAUGUGGAGAACAUAAGGAAAAACAUUCCAACCUGUUUCAACGCUUUAAUUAAGAGGUAAAGAUUUGUCUUUUCAUUCCAAUGUGAAAUUUCUUGGAUAUAUAUGUGAUUGCUAUUCAUUCAGUGUCAUCCAAAUUUGGACGUGUAAUUUGCUAUGUUGUUUGAUGUAAUGAUUUCAUGAAACAUAGGGUAGUUUGCUGCUGGGCAGAUUCUUGCCAUCCAUCCCCCCAUUGUCAAGAGUAUCUCCAUUCUGGCUUGAUCAGUUGAUCCCAAACACAACCACAGAUUUUAAAAUCCAGCUUGAAGGAGGUGGUGCUGCUGCAUGAAGUCCAAUCACACUGCCGAGCGUUAUUGGAUUUAACGAAGCAGUACUCGCCUCACCUGUUAUCUACCAUCACAACUUGUAUCUUCCUGAGGUACAAGGGGUGGUGGGGUAGCAUAGUGGUUAAAGCGCGCUUCCUUUCACGCCAGUAGACCCAGAUUCGAUUCCCCACAUGGGAACAAUGUGGGAAGCCCAUUUCUGGUGUCCUAUGCCGUGAUAUUGCUGGAAUAUUGCUAAAAGUAGCGUAAAACUCACUCCCAAUAAUUCAAGGAUAUACUUGUAUUUGUCUUAAUGUCUGUUCCAGUUCACUUAAGUUGACUGAAAUGUUUUGAGGUAGAUCUAUGCCUACUUUCAUUCAGAAGGGUGCAAUAAUCAACGCCCAGGACUUUUAAGUAUGUAUUGACAAAAAAGGGCACCUGUUAAAAUCUUGUCACGGCACAUGCAGUAGUAAAUAAACUCUGUUCAAGCAUCACUGAAACUAAAACAUUAUUUGAUAAUUGACUGGUAACUUAUAUACACCUUUGUCACUGCUACUUUGUGAAAAUGAACCCAUAAUAUGUCCAGAAGAAAGUAUGGACUGUAUUGCAAGUUUUGUUUUAUACUGGACACUUAUAAAAAUUUGUGACAGAUGGUCAACUAGAGCAAGGUGGAAGUUAGUUCAUUUCCAGGUCAUGAGUGAGAUAUUUUUAGUGACAGGGUGGUGGGGAAUCCGAGUGGUUCAAGCGCGCUUAUCACACCGAAGAACUGGGUUAGAUCCCCUACAUGGGUACAAUGUGUGAAGUCCGCUGUUGUGAUAUUGCUUCAAUCAUGCUUAAAAACGGCGUAAAACAAUACUCGCUCUUAAAUAGUCAGUGAAGGAGAUAGACAUGAGGUGCCACACUUCAAACAAAGUUGUGGGACCAGGUCAAUCAUCAUAACAGAAUGGAAAUACAGCUAUCUGAUGAUGGGGGAGGGUUUGUCUUCGCUGUGUGAGGUGUGUGAUCAUACCCAGGGAGGGUCCGAGUACAAGUGCACUUAGCAUUCAGCUGGUCUCAUCAAGGUCAUGUUGGGCAUCAUACUCCUCCGUCAUGCCGCGAACAUUAGGUCUGUUUGUAGACAAUUCAACACCAGUCUGUCCAAUAUAAUACAACUUACAAACAAGUUAUUUUUGUGUCAGAAAAAAGGGAUAUUUUUGAUCGGAUACAUUUCUUGAGAAGUUUCAUUGUAAUCUUGCCAUGAGAAAGCCAUGAUGUAUGGAAGAAUAAAUGUUUCCCUCUUCAUGUAAAACUUCAUUUCUGCAAAAUGUCGUUAUAAUCACAUGUUGAAUAAUGAUCACAAGAUUCAUCUAUUUUGAUACUUAGAUAGUUUGAAGUAUAUAGAUUAGCUAUGCAUUACAACACCAAAGUACCUAUCAAGAAACCAGAGCUCACUGUCAUGCUUACAAUCAGGGUAUGAGCGUCGCACUUUAUAUCAUGAUAUAUAGUAUUUUAUGGUACAUUUUUUGUACAUUUAAGUAACAAUUUACAGAGGUAUGCAUAUUUCACACACAAAGUGAGAAAUCACACAGCUAUUAUAUAUUUAUUGCUUCACAAAGAAGGUUAACAAUUAGAAAGACUUAAAAUGUAAUGUAUAUGGUCUGAUUAUGUAACAAAUAUCCAAGUGUUUUCUAUGGGAUUUUGCUUAGAUUCUUCUGUGAAAACCAUUAUGAUCUAUUUUUAAUGUUGGAUGUUGAAUAUUACAAGAAUCAUACUGUGAUGUGGAAUGGGGUCUCUUGUGUUAAAUUGUUGGUUGUAUAUUUCCAUGAGAGUACCAUUAAACAGUUACAC